CCAAGUUUGGAGCUUUUAGCUGCCAGCCCUGGCCCAUCAUGUAGCUGCAGCACAGCCUUCCCUAACGUUGCAACUGGGGGAAAAAUCACUUUCCAGUCUGUUUUGCAAGGUGUGCAUUUCCAUCUGGAUUCCCUGAAAGUCCAUCUGCUGCAUCGGUCAAGAGAAACUCCACUUGCAUGAAGAUUGCACGCCUGCAGCUUGCAUCUUUGUUGCAAAACUAGCUACAGAAGAGAAGCAAGGCAAAGUCUUUUGUGCUCCCCUCCCCCAUCAAAGGAAAGGGGAAAAUGUCUCAGUCGAAAGGCAAGAAGCGAAACCCUGGCCUUAAAAUUCCAAAAGAAGCAUUUGAACAACCUCAGACCAGUUCCACGCCACCUCGAGAUUUAGACUCCAAGGCAUGCAUAUCUAUUGGAAAUCAGAAUUUCGAGGUGAAAGCAGAUGACCUGGAGCCCAUAGUGGAGCUGGGACGAGGGGCGUACGGGGUGGUGGAGAAGAUGCGGCACGUGCCCAGCGGGCAGAUCAUGGCGGUGAAGCGGAUCCGGGCCACAGUAAAUAGCCAGGAGCAGAAAAGGCUACUGAUGGAUCUGGAUAUUUCCAUGAGGACAGUGGACUGUCCUUUUACGGUCACCUUUUAUGGCGCACUCUUCCGGGAGGGUGAUGUUUGGAUCUGCAUGGAGCUCAUGGAUACGUCGCUAGAUAAAUUCUACAAGCAAGUGAUUGAUAAAGGCCAAACGAUUCCAGAGGACAUCUUAGGGAAAAUAGCAGUUUCUAUUGUAAAAGCAUUAGAACAUUUACACAGUAAGCUCUCUGUCAUCCAUCGAGACGUCAAGCCCUCCAAUGUGCUGAUCAAUACCCUGGGCCAAGUGAAGAUGUGCGAUUUUGGAAUCAGUGGCUACCUUGUAGACUCAGUUGCUAAAACUAUUGAUGCAGGGUGCAAGCCAUACAUGGCUCCUGAAAGAAUAAACCCAGAGCUCAACCAGAAGGGAUACAGCGUGAAGUCGGACAUCUGGAGUCUGGGCAUCACAAUGAUUGAGUUGGCCAUCCUCCGGUUCCCCUAUGAUUCAUGGGGAACUCCUUUCCAGCAGCUCAAACAGGUGGUAGAGGAGCCGUCGCCACAGCUUCCAGCAGACAAGUUCUCCGAAGAGUUUGUGGACUUUACCUCACAGUGCUUGAAGAAGAAUUCCAAAGAACGGCCAACAUAUCCAGAGCUUAUGCAACAUCCAUUUUUCACCCUACAUGAAUCCAAAGCAACAGAUGUGGCAUCUUUUGUAAAACUGAUUAUUGGAGACUAAAAGCAAUGGACUCAAUCAGUGGACCCUCCUGUGGAUUGGUGGGUUUACGGGGUGAAGCAAGUUCACUAAAGCGCCAAUAGAAACUCAUCUUUGAGAUAAUUUAACCCUGCCUCUCAGAAGGCUUUUUUUCUCCCCAUUUUCUUUUUGUUUUUUUUCCCCUCCAAAAGGGGCCUUGAAAUCUAUAGUAUAGAAUGAACUUCUGGCUGGAUGAAAUAGAAAGGCUUAGGACUUAAAAAGGUGAUUAAAUAUUUAAUGAUGUGUCAUAUGAGUCCUUAAGCUUCUCAGACUUCUCUUGUUCUUUACAAAAUGAAUGCAUUGGCCCUGGAAAAAAGGUGCUACAGUAGUGACGAAAUUGUAAGUAGAUUUGUAGUCUGUCCAACUUAUUAUUUUAAUAUUUAUGUUUAAGCGCUUGGUUGAAAAGAUCCCAUUUUAUGCAGGGAGGGAGAUACAAAAGACAAGGUUGGUUUGGCAAUAUUUAUAGGGCUUUUAUUUUUUAAGUUCAACUGUGUCUGUGGUCCAGAGGAAAUUAUUUAAUAUGCAUCUUUAAGAGUAUUAUAAAAGUAUCAACAAGCAGCUCUUCUUGUGAAAUAUCUGUUUCAGCUGUUGCGGCUGCCGCAUGUUCUCAAAUUUCUGCUCAGUCCUGGGUAAUAACCACAUAUUCUAGGUGAAGUGGCAAGGUAUCCUGGUCAGACUCUUUUCCUGACUUUGGAAAACAAAACUCACUUUUAUCAUAGCUCAAAGAGUCACAAAUUUGGUUCUCUUGACAUUUGUGGUAUAGUAUUAAUGGAGUGGGAUUCGUGAUGUGAUGUUCCUAUCACCUCUUUCUGUCUUAUGUGUGUGUGUGUGUGUGUGUGUGUGUGUUAAGUCACACAUUCUGCCAAGUGGCUUCUGUGAACAUCCAUAUUUAGUAAGGAGGAUAUUUCUCAGUCCCGAGGGGGGAGCGUCACAUCAAACCACACAGAGAAUUUGUUCCUUCUGCUGUUGCCCCUCCUACAAUGUGCAAAUCCCAAGGAUUGCCAUGUGGUUAAUGUACUCUUUUACCUUGUUUGUUUGUUUGUUUGUUUUCUUGUUCAAUGACGAAGCCUUACUAUUAAUGGAAGGGCUGCCAUGGAGGAAAAUUAAAGGCAGUUCAUUGUCCCUUGAUGAGAUGAGGAGAUAAUGGGAAGGGGUGAAUUAUUCCUAGGAACAGACUGCCAAAGUUUCACGAGUUGAAUCGAGGCCACAUCUUUCCUCAGUAGCAUGCAGUAGCUUGUUCCACAGCAGGAGGCUAGCUCCACUGUGCAUUCCAAGCAGGCUGAGUAAGCAAGGAACAAGAACUCUUCCUCGUGGACAAAUAUACCAAUGGGUUCUCUGAUCUGGGCUUUAGGUUCCUGGAAGGUCAAGGGGUGAAGUGAUCCACAGAGAAAAUACUACCGAUUCUAACCUGGAAACACUGCUUUUGGAACAUCAAGGCUACUCUUGGCAGUACAGGGGCAGAAGAUUUUGAUAAAACAAGGAAGAAGAGGACACACUCUGUUUCUUUCCUCGCCUCAAGUUCACAAAUAUGGAGAGAGGAUUGCUCCCCCAGUGCUCCCAUUCUUCCCCUAUUAGAUUUUGAAGUGCGACUAUAUUUUUCUCUGUUAGCAUUUUCUCUUUGUUCUUGACCUCUAGCUCACAGCAGUUGCCCAAAGAGGCUAUGGCAUUUCCAUGAACGUCUUUCAUAUUCAGUUGCAAGAGAUACCUGUUUGAUUCAACAUCCGUUUCAUCUGCUCUGAAGCUACUACCUCUGUUCUCAUCUUUUUCCAGCCAGAAAAGGAGUGUUAUCUUAAUGGUCAUGACGAUUCACUUUCUGACCCAUCUUCCUACAUCUGCAAGUUUCCCUCCAAGUCAGAAAAGAAAAAAAAAAAUCACAACUGUAUUUUUUGCUUUAUUUAUCCAUCUUAUGAAAAAAGAAAGUAGUAGAAACAAAUCUGAGGUCAUUCCAUUACAGCUUUGUGAAAUAUGUAAAGCAAAACAUCUUUCUGGUCUGGGUCAGAUUACUCUUAACUGUUAUUCAGUGUGGUUUCUACUUGGAAAUGUUCUUAACCAAGUGUGUUUCUCAUGUGUGCACAUCUCCAUUCGGUAAGCCCAAGGCCUGAGCUUCCAGAAUAAUCGUAGUGGGGUAGAGACGUUCGUCAGUGGUUCUCAACCCUGGGGAGCAUUGGAAUAGCUGGGAGCUUGGAACACCAUCAAUAUCAGGGUCCCCGAGAUUUGGAUUCCAUUGGGCCCUGGGUGGGGCCUGGGAGUUGGUAUUUUUUAUAAGCCACUCAUGUGAUUCCGAGGUGCACCAGGAUUGAGAACACUGGUGUAGUACUUUGUAAAAAGAGAGUUGACUUAAAAUUUGUCUUGAACAUUUGCAGAGAGUGGCUACAGAGAGGAACAGGAGCCCCCACUUCUUCCCCUGUCCUUACCAGUGGGGACGUCUUUGCCACUGUUAGCAAAGGUGUGCUCCUGCAAUACUGAUGUGGACUUUGGGACGCCUUUUCCCCAGGGGCAUGAUGUACUGCAUGAUGAUUAAGUAUCUCACGUACCAGAGUAGAAUGACUUGAUAGCCUUACAAGUCUAAAGUUUAGAAUGUGCUUUUUGAGAACUGUGUUAUAAGUUAUAAACAACUAAUAUUAAAAUAAAUAUAGAGAUGCAUAAACUAUAUCUAAGUUGAGAGUCUACUGUACAUACAUAUAUACAUAUAUAUGUAUAUAAAUGUAUAUGUACAGCUGUAUAUAUACACACACGCAUAUCUAUAAAUAUGAUAUACAUACAUAUAUAGGUAAAUAUAUAUGUGUGUACAUAAAUAUGUGUGUGCAUGUGUGUGUGUAUAUAUAAAGAGAGAGAGAAAGAGAAUGAGAGAGAAGUGCGGACCUGUCAGAAUACCUCUACAAAAGAGAUUAUGCCCUUUUUUCCAAAUGUAUUUGAUUUGGUAUCAUAUAAUUGUUCAUAUUAUAAAUUGGCUUUAUGUUUAUAAAACUAUCAUCUCUAUAUAUAUCUUUGUUGAUUGCCAAGGUGUGCCAAAAAAGUAAUGUGAGUGACUUUAAGACAAUUGCCUUAUAUGUGUUUGCACCUUUGAGUAUCGUCCUUUGGGGCAGCCACCGUGCAGACGGUCUAUUUACGUAAAGAAUGCUGCUAAAACAGUUUUGCCCCUUCCCUCUCCUUCGGGAAGGGCUUCAGAAAUCAUUUCCUCACCCACACGGGUAACACGCAUAACCAUUUUAUAAUGACUCCUUAAUUGUUCAUUUGCUUUACAAAAAUCCUUACCAGGUAUUUUCUUCUUUGCUUUAGCUGACUUUUAUGAUCAACACUUAACACAAAGUUGUGUUUGGCAAUUUCUAGAACUCAAACCCACCCUCACAGCUGAAGUUUUGCCAUUACCGCAUCUUUUUAAGAGACCACGUCAUGGGCCCUGAAGAGAACUUCAAAAGUACAUUUCCCCCCAAAGUGUACAUUUGCAUUUAAGUAAUGUCAGCCUUUCUGGAAUAAGUGUAGCGCUUCCCAGACUUUGAGGGAAAAAGAACUCACCUAAUGUAUAUAUUUGAUGAUAAAAUAUAGUUAGGUUGUCUCUGAUUUCAUACCCAUCUCUUAGCCAUGAUAUGGAGGGAUGGUUCCAUUGUUCUAAAGACUGUUUAGUCACACUGCUGUCGUCAGGAAGAAGUGGUUAAAUAGCAGCCUCUUUCUCCAUUAAGCUGCCUGAAAUGGAAAAUGAGUAGGUGUGGAUAGGGCCCGAUAUUGUUUGUAUUUCACUAUUCUUGUCUGUCCUCUAAGCCUCACCAAAAAAAAAAAAAAGUAUAUGCCAGGGAUUCCCAAACUUUCUCUUUGUGGUAUCCCGAUGGUUGUCUUAGGAAUUUUUCUCAUGGUGCCCUACGCCAAAAUAAAUAUUAAGUAAUUCCACCUAUUGGGUAACUAGGUUCCAACAACUUAAGUGGCAGUUUGCACAAUGUCCUAAAGGUGUUGCUGUGUUUCCUUUAAAAGUUUACCCUCUCUGGUGGUGCCCCCGUGAGCUCGCUCCUUGCUUCAGAGUGUCUCAGCACACAGUUUGGGGACCAUCGAUGUGUGCGCUGCUGAUGUUUGCACUGUCCAUGGUUGGUGACAAAGUGGAAUUCCUGGCUACUCAGUCUUCUCUAUCACUUCCCUCUUGGUGUUUCUCCAUCACGAUUGUCUUGCUUGCCUCUGGUUGAUUAGCUUUAUAAUUGAGGUCCUGCCCUCCUUUGCUUUUCAUCACUCCUGCCAUGCCGUGUGUCGUGAUCUAGACAAUGAAAUACUCGUCACCUCCAGCAUGAGAGGAGACUGGCACUGAGACUAAAGGGGCCCUUGGUGUGUCCAAGUGCAAUUGAUUUCAUAUGUUUGGAGUAGAAUCACAAAGGAGGCAAGGAGGGACUGACGUGUUCAUAGUUGAACAGUAAGAAUGCUUUCGUUGACCAAGGGGCUUCGUCAGCUCUGCUCAGAAACUACUCAGUUUCUCUCAAAAGUGUCUAACAAAACACUUCAUCUCCUGCAUGAAAGCACAGUGGGUUCCCGGUUCUGAUUUCCGAUCCAAUUUUUUUUUUUGGCGGCCUUGAAGAUGGGAAUAGCAUAGUCAUAAAUUUGUUGGAGCUGGUGGUCAGAUCUCGUAAAAUGAACGAAAGCUUUGUUGUGCUGGGGAUGUUGCCUUCUUAAUGUCUAUCCAUGACUGAAAGCUUAAAGGGAGAUUUGCCGGCUUAAAGGAAUCUUCAAUUUUUAUUGAAUUAACAAGUAGAAGGUAUAAUUUUCAAUUAGACCACUGACAAUUUGCAUAGUCAGAUGGAAAAAUGCCAGAGUAAGUCUAGAAAGAGGAAGCUACCAAACCUGAGAGGAGAGAAAAAAAGAUACUUUAUUCUGAGGGUCCGCAUUCCUCUCAUUAGGGGGGUGUGUGUGUGUAUGUUUGUGUGUGAGCACUGUCCAGUGUGCUAAUAGCUAAAGACACCUUUCAGUUUUCUUGGGCUUUAAUUAGGGUGCUCUGGAUUCCUUUGGGAAUCUGGUGACUGCUGGGACCUUUUCCCUAGGAACAUGCACAUUGUACAUGGAACUUUUGCAAACAUUUUUUGUGGAGGCAGAAGGAAGUAGAGUACUGUGUGAAGACCCCAUAAGAUCAGGAACCUCUGCUCUGCAGAAUGUGGACCGGGACAUCCUAGACCAGGGUUGGCAAACAUUUUCUGAAAAGGGACAGAUAGUAAGUAUUUUCAGCUUUGUGUCCCGUCUAGUCUCUGUUGCAGCUAGGAGGUGUGAAAGCACACAUAAGUAUGUCAGUGAAUGAGGUUAGGGCUGUGUUCCAAUAAAACUUUAUUUAGAGAAUCAGGCAAUGGGCUAGACUUGGCCCCCAGGCCGUGGUUUGCCAAUGUCUGUCCUAGGCCGUCCAAUACAAAACUCUUAAUUAAUGUGUGUCAAGUUCUUCCAUUUAGUGUGUAGCUCAGCAGCUGCUGAGGCAGAUUAAAAAGAUGGACACAGGAAAAAAUUUGUAAAGGAUGGAAACUGUUCAGUCCCAUGAAAAUUGCCUCUUGAUUUCCUCAGGUAAGCAUCCAUUCCUUGCUGUGGAAGCCAAUAGGACAGUUUUCUUUAGAUUAAAUUGAGUACCUACUUUUUACUUGUUU